GUAGUGGUUUGCUCAAGAAGAAGACACUGGUGCCAGGGCAGGGGGUGGACACUCGUCCCCAGAAGGGCCAGGACGUGACCAUCAGGCUGAAGGCCACACUGGACGAUGGCACUGUGGUGGAGGAGGAUCCUGCCCUCACCUUCACGCUGGGGGACUGCGAUGUCAUGCAGGCUCUGGACCUGUGUGUGCAGCUCUUGGAAAUGAAGGAGACAGCUUUGAUUGUGUCAGAUGCAAAGUACUGCUAUGGUGCUCAGGGCAGGAGCCCUGACAUCCCACCCAACACAUCCCUGACGCUGGAGGUGGAGCUGCUGGCAGCUCGGGAUGCACCAGACCUGGAGCUGCUCAGUGGGAAGGAGAAGGUUGAGUUGGCCAACCGCAAGCGAGAGCGUGGCAACUUCUUCUACGAACAAGCAGAUUACGUGCUGGCCAUCAACUCCUACGACAUUGCCCUCAAGAUCGUCGGCUCCAGCUCCAAAGUUGACUUCAGCCCAGAUGAAGAGGCUGAGCUGCUGGAUGUGAAGGUGAAAUGCCUCAACAACCUGGCAGCCUCGCAGCUGAAAUUGGACCAUUAUGAGGCAGCUCUCAAGUCCUGUAACCUGGUGCUGGAGCACCAGCCAGAGAACAUCAAGGCUCUCUUUCGGAAGGGCAAGGUCCUGGCUCAGCAAGGAGAGUACAGGGAGGCCAUUCCCAUCUUGAAGACAGCGUUGAAGCUGGAGCCUUCAAACAAGACCAUCCACGCCGAGCUCUCCAAGCUGGUGAAGAAACAUGCAGACCAGAGGAGUGUGGAGACAGAGAUGUACAGAAAGAUGCUCGGGAAUCCCAGCGCCACCAGCACCCCCAGGAAGUACAAAGACAAACUGCCCUGGUCCAUCCCCUGGAAGUGGCUCUUCGGUGCGACAGCCAUCGCGCUCGGCGGCGUGGCCUUGUCCGUGGUCAUCGCAGCGAGGAACUAA